AUGUGGAGUGAGGACGAGAUUGUUAACUGUCAUAAUUGUUUGUAUGAUAAAAAAAUUUCUCAAGAAUUAUUGAAGAAAAAGUUUGAGUUGUGUAGUGGUAUUGCAGGGUGGAUCUUUAAUACCACAAUGUCACUGGAAGAAAUUAAAACAACUAUUGAUAGUGCAUUUAUGUUUAUUGAUUCAAGAAUUCUAGAAUAUCCAAGCCUAUCCCUCUUAGGUAAUAAUGAUUAUAACAAAUUAAUUCAUAUACAUGCCAAUUUCCCAUCCAAUUAUGUAGAAGUAACAAAUCCAUAUAUUAAUGCUAUCUGUUUCUUUGCGUCUAAAUACAUGGCAGAUAAAUGCUUGGAUAAAUUAAAACAUUAUAAUAGGGAGACAGUUUGCAAUUUUAUCGAAAAUACAAAGUACAUAUUGGAAAUGGGAGAUCUCCAUGAACAGCUGUUUGAAAUGAUAUCUCAUGCAAAUAUUUAUGAGGAAGAAAACUUUUUUGAUUGUGUUGAAGAAAUUAAAAAGGAUGAAAAUUACUACUGGCCAACUUCCAAGAAUUUUGAAAGCAUUGAUAGUUACAUACAUCCCAAUAAGCUAUUUCAAGUAACUGUUGCUAAGAGACAUAGUAUCAAACAAGAUGGAUUAAGAAUGAUUAAGGGAAUCUUGAAUAAAUCUCAUAAAGCUUACGAAAAUAAGAGAGAAAGAAAGGUAUUUGAUACUUGGAUUUCUGAAAUAGAUCAAUAUGCAUUAUGCUUAGAUCUUAAUCAGGAUUCAAGUUUUUGA